ACACUUUUGUUGUUGUUCCUUGCAGUUUCGUUGUGGAGUCUUAGGAAGAGUCGCCGCUAAUCAUGCUCUGGAGAUAGUGUCAGUGCGGCUCGUGUUCUGUCCAGCAGUGAAUAAUGUCGUAAAGAUAAGAGCUCAUUUGUGGAAUCUGGGUGAUAUUUUGGCCGCAUGGGUCUCGGAGAGCUUGCUGUUCAGUGUGCUGUAAGUGUCAGUUCCUGUCCGUCAGCAGUCCAGCUGAGAGCUAGCUGAUUAGCUGAAGCGGCGUCAACACUUCUGCUGCAGGAAGGAAGAGACGGAGAAGUAGCUCAACAAAGCCGGCCACUGGACUUUGACUAAAAACGGCGAGUUUCUCAUAUUAUAUGACAGUUAGACAUGUCGGUUGCUUAUUCUGAGUGAGUUAAUAGUAAAUGUUUACUGGUGAAUUCAGUGUUAUGGUUAGUUUUUAGCUGGUAGGCCGAGCUGAAGAAUUCUUUCCAGCCUGACUCUGAUUAGCUAGGCUAGGCUAGGCUAGGCUAGCUGGUCACACUGGCUUGUUUUGGUCGGGGUGCUGGUGGAGCUUCCUGCACUUCAGCUCUUCACUUUUUUCUUAUUUAACUCGACUGUCCAGCUCGCUCAUGGCUACAGAUGCGACCGAGAGUGAAAGCAGCUUGAACCAGACUGACACUAAUAACAGGGUGAUUAAGGAGAGCAGUGGUGAAGCAGACACACCCAGAAUCAGUGCGACGCUGGAAAACAAGUCAGGUCGCGUCGCUGAACAAGGAAGCGAUGAACACGCACUGACAGCAGCCUGCACACCCACACAGGCCAUGACUUCUGCAGAUACUCCACAGGAUCCACCUGUCCUGUCCAGUUCGAGAAAACCAGAAGGUGUGCAAGAGGAAAGUUCACAUAAAGAGCAAAGUGAGGAGUCGAGACUUAUACACAGCAGCGCGCCGGUGACGCUUCCGCACGCGCACUCUGCACUGGAACAUAAUGGCAGUUUUGAGCGUCAGGAAUCAGUCAGCACUACAGAGGCUCGAUUACGAAUGGAAGGAAUGGAAUUCAAAGAGGAGUGGCAAGACGAGGACUUCCCCAGACCACUACCUGAAGAAGGGGAGAUUCACCUUGAUGAUGAACAUCUCUUCACCCACACAUCUGGAGAGGAAGAUUCUGCUCCGAACAGUGGCAAAAACACAAAGAGGAGACUGUUGGCCCCAGAUAUCAGUCUGAACCUCGAUCGUAGUGAGGGCUCUGUGCUUUCUGAUGAGCUGGAUGAAAGCACAGAGUUAGACCUGGACGGCAUGGACACCCCGUCAGACAACAGCAACGAAUUUGAAUGGGAAGAUGAUCUACCAAAACCCAAAGGCACUGACGUGCUGCAGAAAGGUGUGGAAUCAGUGACCGAAUAUUCAGCCUAUGACGAGCGUGAAGAUGGCCGACGCUGGAGGAUCUUCCGUAUUGGGGAGCAGGACCACCGGGUCGAUAUGAGGGCCAUUGAGCCCUACAAAAGAGUCAUCAGCCAUGGAGGUUACUAUGGAGAUGGACUGAAUGCUAUUAUCGUCUUUGCGGUUUGCUUCAUGCCUGAGAGCAAUCAACCAAACUAUAGAUACAUCAUGGACAAUCUUUUCAAGUAUGUAAUAGGCACUCUGGAGCUGCUGGUGGCAGAGAACUACAUGAUUGUGUACCUGAAUGGUGCCACCUCGCGCCGUAAGAUGCCCAGUGUGGGCUGGCUGAGGAAAUGCUAUCAACAGAUAGACCGGAGAUUAAGGAAGAAUCUGAAGUCUUUGAUUAUUGUCCAUCCCUCUUGGUUCAUUCGCACACUCCUGACCAUCACAAAACCUUUUAUAAGCUCCAAAUUUAGCCAAAAAAUAAAGUAUGUGUACAGUCUGGCAGACCUUGCUGAGCUUGUGCCAAUGGAAUAUGUGUCAAUACCAGAAUGCAUCAAGCAGUUUGAUGAAGAAAAAAAUAGGAAAACACGUAAAAGAUACAGAUUUGGAUGCUGACCUCAUGUAAAGUGUAGACUGAAUGGAUUGACCAAGAAAUGCAUGGCAAAGGGGAGAUGGCAGGUGCAGAGUGAAGUUGAAGAGGAAAUUGGGUGGGUUUUUUGUGUCUCUCAGCUGGAGGGAAAAAAAAAAAAAAAAAAAAAAAAUUUGUGCCUUCCAAGACUCUAUUGCCUGUUACAUGGUGGGACUUUUAUUCUUUAUUGUAUUAGUGUGCCAAACACGAGUUGAAAUCUCAAUGCUGUGCUUCAAGUAUUUUUAUAAUCUUACACACAUAAAUUCGGAGUCAGUUGUCAUUCUUGUCAGUAAUUCCUGUUGCUUCUCCCUGAUGUUCAAGGCACUUGGUUUUCAAGUUAGGUGAUGCAUGUUCUACUACGUUACAUUUAAAAUAUAUUUAUAUUCAAAUGGUGAUAAAGGAGAAAAGAUUAAUAUAUAUAUAUAUAAUUUUUUUUCUUUGGACAGUCCUUUAUGGUGUUACUUUGACUUGCUGAAAUCUCACAUCAUACCUGUUACUGUUUAUUGGUGGAAAACAUUUAGAUGUUGUAUGAGGAAAGUGUUGUUCUCUCCAUCUUUGCCUCUUAGGAAUGAUCCAAAGAAAUGGAUCAUUUCAUAAGUUUACUAUUAUAGUCGCAGAUUGUGUUGAUCUCUGUACCAUACGUUUGGGAAGGGUGUUUCUUGUCUGUUCUGUUCUUGCAAGUAAAAUGUCCACAAUACAAAAAAAAAGUCUUCCUCUUUGCCAGUAUGACUAUAAGUACCAGUAGUACACAGCAGUUACUUUAGUACAGUAUAUAAUGCAGGUCUUUAUGAAGGUAAUUGCAUUUGGAAUAGUUUGACGUUUUAUUGCAUCAAGACUCUUGAUGACCACCAGUUGUCACCAAGCAGUGAUGCACUCAGUUUGAGUCUUUAUUUGUAAAAGAAUGUACACGUUGUCACAGUUUUGGUAGUUUUCUCAAGUGUGAACUGUUUAACUGCUAGUGAUGGUUGAUAGUUCCUUUACUUCUGACAUGGUCUGACUCUCAACUGUUGAUUCAGUUUAUUGAUUUUAAGGAUCCAGUAAACAAGAUAAUUAAAUAAAGGGUAGAUUUUUCGUUGGAGUGAUGGUCAAUUUAUUAUUCGCAAGCAGUUUGCAGAAAACAUUAAACAAUCAAGUCAUCUUAAAUCUGGUUGCUAUAUUUUAACAAUUUUGACACUAAAUAAUAAAAGUAGCACUUUGCUUAAUCACCCCUUAAUCAGUUUUAGGUCAGGCUCAUGUGUUUGGAAUUACCCCAGCUAUUUCUUCUCAAGUUCAUGGGUUUUGUAGUGAAAAUGGUAAUAUUAAAGGUCAUUCUCUCACUGCAUGCAAGUAUGAUUUUGCCUGCUUCUGUAGCAAUACCUCAAAUAUUCCAACUUUUGAUUUAGAUUUUUUUUCUUUAUUGUGUAAUUUCUUUCCCUGUGCCUGUCACUAACUGCAGCUAAUUAUCUCCAUCUGUCAUCAAAGCUCUCUGUCUUAUUUUCUCCAUGAUGUAUUGAAAUGUUCUGUACAAUGUUGCUGCAUGGUUGCGCUACUGAAGCAGCAUGUGAUAAACGCACAUUGGAUUGUUCUCUGUUACACAGACCAGACCAAUGAAUGUACCACCUGUUUGCUGAUAUUCUGUAUGUUUGAAAGCGCAAUAAUACCAAUAAACAAGUACCAUUACGUUA